CACUCGACAACUCACUGAAGUGCUGAACUUGAAUCACAAUCGAUAAAGGGAAUCUCUUCUGCAAAGUUUCCAUCUAUCACAGAUAAUGACAGCCAAUCAGCAGAGCCGAGCGAUGACACCCCUGCCCACGAUUGCGGCUGAGCGCUCACCGGAUGAUGCUGCGGAUCGCAGCCUUGCAUCUAAAUAUCCACUUCCCCACGAUCAAUCCUCCCGUUGAGUAAUCGUAGGACUUGAUCAUGGUGGACGCCACGGGACGCUCAAAGAGAUAUAGGUCGAGCGGCCACGGAGGCUUCCUCCAGGACUCAUAGCCGUCGACGAGAGGGGUCAACCACAAAAAUGGCCGAGAUAGGCCUCAUCGCGUCCGUGAUCCAGGUAGCCGGGGCGGGCCUCAAACUCUCGCAAACGCUCUACCAGUACGCCGAAUCCGUCAGCUCCGCCGACCGUCGCGUCAAGGACAUUGCCAAAGAAGUCCAACUGACCUCCUUCGUCAUCAACGAGCUGGCCAGCAUCUUCAAGAACGACGAGUCGUCGAGCUUGCUGUCCGAGAAUGCCAUCAAGACGGCCGACGAGACGGUUCGGGAGUGCUCGUCUGUGUUCACGGAGCUGGAUGCUGCGCUCAAGAAGACGAAGAAGAGCGCGUUGGGGAAGUUCAAGUUUCCGUUUCGCGAGACCAAGAUUGAGCUGUUGAGGAAUCAGAUUGAUAAGUUGAAGAGUACGUUGCAGUUGUUGCUGCAGGUACUUACACUUGCGCAUCAGAAGGCUUCGCAAAAGCUGGACAGGGAGGCGGAAGCCGCACACCGCGCGCAAAUUAAGGCGCUGCUGGAGAACAAGAAGGCCUCGACCAAGAGAUACGAGGAGUCGCUGAGAAAUCUCAAGUUCAGCGACGAUGAAGAAAGCGACAAGGAGAAUGAAGAGCCAGGAUCUGCCACCGAUUCCAUGACCAUUGCUUCUGUCAAGUCCGGCAUCACAGUCGACGCUCUCGCUACAUGCGUACAACACGUCCGUGGCUUGCUUCAGGACAUUGAGUCACUGCAAAAGGUGCUGUCAGACGACGCGGAAGGCAAAGAUCCGUCAGAACAUCACCAAAGCCUCAUAGGAUCUUACUUCCGCGCCCGCGGCCAUCUCGAUUCCAUUCUCCUGGGAAAUCCAAACGAUAACGGAUCAUCGAUGACGAGCUCCGUCAACAGAAGCGAAGUGGACAUUGGCAUCACCAAAUCGCUCUCUGGGAUCACCCUGCAAGGUGUGGAAUCACACGCCUCUACUGAAGUCGUGGUACAGAGCGCCAGGGAAAGUACCAGCAGUCUUCGUCCUAUGUUGACAGAAGCCGAGUUCCAAAAAGCCAUUCUGGAGGCUCAAGAGAAGGCGAGGAGGGAAGAGCGGGAGAGGUUGCAGCUGGAAGCGAGAAAACGUGCGGAAGAAUCAAUGCUGCAAGAGCAAGCAAAAGCCAAGCAGGCUGAAUUGCUCGCGAUGAAGGAGACGGUCGAGAGGAAAAAGAAGGCGAUGGAUUUGGCGCGAAAGGCUCUCGAAGAUGAGAUGGAAAAGGCGAGACGGAGAGCGGAAAGGGAUUUGGAAAUAACAAAGCAGGCUGCACAGGAAGCCGAAGCUAGGCGAGCGAAGGAGGCUGGGGAGACAGCAGACACGGCUAAGCAGCCGCUCAAACUCACUGAUGCAAUAGGCAGGAAAUCCAGUCUGCCGUUCCAUCUGUGUAAAACCUGGCAGCUUUCCUCCCAAUCGACACCAUGAAGACCCUUGUCUCCGAAGGUCGAUACUCCAUCUACGGCCCGCAAGGCGAACUCAUCAUGCCCGAUUGCUGGGAAUCAGUCAUCCAACCCGGUUGGACGAUUACCAUGACAGUGUGGGAAUCUACGCCGACUGCGCAUGCGCUCGCACACCUAACCCGACCGAUGCGUCGACCUCCUGGUAAACCUGCCGCUGCCCCUGCUGAAUCGCCGAUACUUCGCGAGGUCCCUGUCGCGGAGAAAGAAGACGUUUCGAUGGCUGGUCCCUUGUGGAGCGUCGACGAC